GACACCACAUGUGCUUCUGACCAGAGAGCUGCACAGUUAACUUUCUGCUGCAGUCUGAACUUCAACACUUCACCCAGCUGGAACAAAACUGUGAUUCCUCUUCAGUGGGCUGAUAAAGGUCUUAUCACGUUUCCUGCAACAGUGGCAGAACUUUGACCCGGUGAGAAAACCUCCCUCGCUUGUAGAUUCACCUCAGCUCCUCCUCCUCCUUGUCCAACAGAACCAAUCAUAAACCAGCUUGUGUCUCUUUGGUCUUGGAAAUUUAAAGAGAGAGUGAGAAAAGCCACGCUAAGAGGUUUUCUAUCAUGAACCGGGCCUGGGCUGUGUUCAAGGCCCACCCCUACAUCAGCAACGUCCUGGGAUACACAACUCUGUUUGCCUCUGCUGACGUGAUACAGCAGAGUGUGCUGGGUGGGAAACAAAAUGCGGGACCCACGUCAGAGGGUUCAGCUGGCAUCGACUGGCGUCAGACAGCUCGAGUGGCCACUGUCGGUUUCUGUUUCCAUGCCAACUUCAACUACCACUGGCUCAGGUGGUUGGAGAGGUUGCUGCCGGGGGGCGGAGUGAAGGCAGUGACGGGGAAAGUUGUAGUGGAUCAACUGGUCGCGGCUCCUCUGACCAUCAGUGCCUUUUAUAUUGGUUUAAGUUUGCUAGAAAACAAAGAUGACCCACUUGAAGACUGGAGACAGAAAUUCUGGACAUCUUAUAAGGCUGGAGUGGUAUACUGGUCAACAAUGCAGGCAGUGAACUUUGCCCUGGUUCCCCCUGUGGCACGGACAGCUUUUCUGGGAGGCAUCGCAUUGACUUUCACAAUCUUCCUGUGCCACCUCAGACAGCAGCGUGACCACAAACUCAAAUAAACCCAAAAUCAUCAGCUUCAUGAUGCACGUUUUUUGUAACAUAAUGACCGUAGAUGAGGCUUAUUUAAGGGCAGAGUUAAGUUGCAGAGUCAGUAGGUUUAAUGAGGAAACUGGGGGAGGAUUUCUGAAUAAGACAAAGACCUCAUCUCUGUGAAUCAGCGCCUGUGGGUUUGUGAUGGGUCUCUAUCUUGUUUCAACUUCCUUGUCUCUUACGUGACUGUAUGCAUAUGUAAACUGUGAUGCAACAGUCUCUGAGUUAAGUCUGAGCAGAGCUCUUAAACCUCUCAGUGUUUCAGUCUGUCAUUCUGGCCUAAGUUUGUUGUUGUUGUUGUCAUACAUUUUUAAAUAAAGGUUUAAAAGGUCUUGUUUACA